UGGCCACAAUUGAUAAUGAUGAUGGCUACAAUCGUUUUUGUUUGCCUAUUAUCAUCACCAUCAACAACAGUAUUUGCUCGAAGCUAUUAUCCACCAAAAUAUGAAGAUAAUCGACAAAGCCGAAUUAAAUUGAAUUUAGGUCUUCAUGUGCCACCAAUAAUUGUUAAACUUCCACGAAUGGAAAUGCCACAAUUGGUCAUUGGAGCGAAUUUGAUUAAAAAUCCAAAAGCCAAACCAUUGGUUUUGAAUAUGCCACCACCACCAAGUAUAUCAUUCGGUGAUAGUAAAUACGACGGAGGUGCAUAUGGCCAUGCUGGAUACAGCGGUGGUUAUCAGUAUGCAGCAUCCGGUUCAGCACAAACAGAAAAUGUCAAAACAUCGCCAUCCAAUAAUAAUGAAUAUGGUAUGGAUUUGAAAGCCUAUAGCAGUGAUCAAUAUCAGAAUAUGAUGCAUCCAUCGGCUGGUGCAUCUGUGUCCGUUCCACCGCCCCCACCACCACCAGUUCCUGUUCCGAUGGUUUCACAAUAUUCACAUGCACCACAUUAUUCACAUCAACAUCAUCAUGCAAUGAUGCCACCACCACCACCGCCACCAUCACCAUCAAUGCAUUUUCAACAUGAACAUCCUGAUCUUGAACCAAAACCAAUGCCACCAAUGAUGCCACCACAUAUGUUACCACCACCACCACCACCGAUGGCUAGCCCAAUUCAAUCAUAUCCAAUUCAACAACCACCAUACUAUGGAACAAUAGAACAUUUGAUGCCACAUUAUCCUGUCGAACGAAUGAGUCUUUCUUCAUUGAAAGCUGAAGCUGAACCAGGAAUGAUGAUGGCAAUGUCAACGAAUCAACAGCAUCAUCGAAUAUUGCCACCACCACCACCACCAUCAGCAUAUAAAUCACCAUUUCAAUUGUUAAAAAGCUCUGGUGAUGAUUUUAAAUUUCGUUUGAAACCAAAUGCCGAAAUUUUCGAUAGUGCACAAAUGUAUUCAGCCAUCAAUGAUGAUCAACAAGAUAGUGAUACAAUCAAUGAAGAUUAUAGUAAAGAUUAUAAUGCUGCACCAAAAAUUUCGAUGCCAAAAUAUCAGCAAAGAAAUUAGAUUAUUAUUAUUAUUUUUUUUCAAUCAACAAGUGUGUGAGCCAUUUUACACAACCACCAACUCCAUGCUCCUGUGUGGUGAGCAAGAAGGUGCCAAUUUAUAUAUAAAUGAUACACAAAUCCAAUUCGAAAAAAAUAUCAAACCAAUCUCUUUAGUCAGAUACCAAAGAAUUAGUGGUAGAAAAAAGUGUGUGUAGGUAAAAAAAAAAUUUGUUUGACACAAAAAAAAAUUCAUCUUUUUUUCCACAGAAUCUCAUUUCACAUACAAAUUCCUUAUACACUUGACAAUUGACACACAAUUAUGUUAUGCCCAUUACGAUAAAACACACACACACACACACAAACAAUUUUUUUUUAUAAAUUUUGUAUUACAGGUCAAUUUUCAAUAGGAAAAUUUGCCUUUUUUCUUCUACUUCUUUGAAUUAUGAACAUGAUUUUAUUGAAUAAAUAAACGAAAUGUGACAACAACGAUCCCGAUGUCGAUAUCGAUUUCCAUCUAUUGAGUAAUGGUCAUAAAUUGGGAAUUAUCCGUCUGGAUAAUAAAUAUACAACACAUUUCGGAGUGAUGACCCAAACUUGUCUGUAACUUGUUUUUUACACUGCCACGAAAAAGAAAUACGAAAAUAAAUUUUUUUUUUUCAAAAAA